UGAGGCUGGCUUUGAACUCGCGAUCCUCCUGCCUCAGCCUCCCGAGCCGCUAGGAUUACAGGCGUGCCCCACCACGCCCGGCUAAAUUCCUCAUCUUAACAACAUGUUGGAAAAGUUAAAAGUUGUCUUUGCCCCAAAAUAUCACAGCCUAAUUAAUAACAAUAAUACUACUAAUAAAGGGAAAUUGUCUUUUAAACCUAUGAAACAUCCUCAGAUAAAUGACUACAAAUCUAAACAAAAUCUGUGUUCAUGCUCUAUAUUUCUGUACCAGUAACUGCCAUGUUGAAAGUAAUUUAUUGGCAUCUAGCAGAAACCUUCUGCCACUUUAUAGAGGUCACAGAAUCGUAAGAAUUUACAGCUGGAAGAGCCUUGAAGAGCUUGUAAUCCAGCCUUUUCAUUCCACAACUGAGGAAACAGGGGCCCAGAAAGACUGAGCUCAGCCGUUCCAAAGCCCCUUAAUGGGACUUUGAUCAGCGUUUUGCUGGCUGACGAUUUGAAAAGACCCCUAGUACCUUUCAAUUGCAGUAGGGAUGAAUUAAUUAUAUUCCCCACCCCCCACUUUUAUUAAGUGAGGAAGAUACAGACCAAAGCAAAGUAAAAUUUCUCUCCCUAGAGGACAGAAGCCAGGAGUACUGAAACUAAUGUACCGACCCAUGUGAUUGGUGCUAAGUGAAAAUAAGACUGAUUCUAAUCCAUUCAAGUUUAGGGCAUCUGGCCCGAGAACUUUUAAAUAAGGACACGUUGUCAACAACAAAACAGUUACCAAGACUGGACAGUUUCUGAACCCAAAGCCAAGAGGCAGUAAGGGGAAAGGAACUGCGGAAUUCUGGGGCAGGAUUAAAUGCUGAGAGGUUCCCCCCUCUAGAAAAACUGCAGUAGUUGGGGGAUAUGGAAAAGACAUCUUUGCCGUGCAGAAGGCUCACUGCUUAUAAGAUUCCCAUUCCAAAGCAAGAGUGCCUGAUAGAUGAGGUCCGGUGGGCAAACGACCACGAGCCCAACCGCCCACUCCUUCCUUGCCCCAAAGAGAGUUGCCUAACCCUUGGCAUCGAGCAGUGCGCCACGCCAAAGCUGGCCCCGCCUUGAUGGUUCCCCGAGGGUCUGGCCCGGACGCACGUUCCUGCCUGGCUUUUUCGGCCCUCACCCACCCACCCCAUUAGCCCGGGUCUGGGGAAGAGAGGAGAUCCGCGGGGGAGGGGGAGGCGUCCGCAGUGACGGAACAGAAGCCCCGAGAGCCUCGGCGCUUCCCGCCACUGUUCCGCCUGGCGGACACUCACGCUGCUGGACAAGGGCGCAGGUCCGCGUACUCGGAACCCGCUGGGCCACGCGCGCGGCGGCUCGGGUGGGGACAGCUGCUCGCCGCCGCCGCCCACUGCCGGCCGGCGGGCCGGGGGAACCCGGGGAACUCUCCCGGCCCAGGGGCGGCGGCGGCGAGAUCCCGCCCCGCCCCGGCCGGCCCGCGCCUAUCGCGGCCGCCGCGCUGGUCACGCGGAGAGCCGCGCUGCGGGCUUGGGGCCAGCGCCCGGCGGCUGCCGGAGUCGCGGCGGGCCGAGGCGGGGGCGGAGGGUGGAGGUUAGAGUUAGGGACGGGCGGGCCGCGCCAGUCGUCGAGCCGCGCGGAGCCAACCUGAGCCACGCCAAGCGGCGCCGCGCGAGGCGUCCGAACCCGAAGUACCCAUGCUGCUGACGCUGGCCUGGGGCUCGCUCUUCUUCCCUGGGCUUUUCGCGCUCUGCACCUGGGCGCUGCGCCGCUCGCGGCCGGAAUGGACCGACACCGACUGCGUGAUGAUCAGCACCAGGUUGGUUUCUUCAGUGCAGGCUGUGCUGGCCACGGGGUCAGGGAUUGUCAUCAUCCGCUCUUGCAGCAACGUGAUCACAGACAGGCACUGGCUUGCCCGAGAAUAUGUCUGGUUUCUGAUUCCAUACAUGAUCUAUGACUCCUACGCCAUGUACCUCUGUGAAUGGUACCGAACCAGAGACCAGAACCUUGGACACACUACCACUUUUCGAAAAUUCCUGAAUCAAAACCGCCUCAUGAUCACACACCAUGCAGUCAUUUUGUUUGUUCUUGUGCCAGUCGCACAGAGGCUCCGGGGAGACCUUGGGGACUUCUUUGUUGGCUGCAUCUUCACAGCAGAACUGAGCACUCCCUUUGUGUCACUGGGCAGAAUUCUGAUUCAGCUAAAGCAGCAGCACACUCUUCUGUACAAGGUGAAUGGAAUCCUCACGUUGGGCACCUUCUUUUCCUGUCGGAUCCUUCUUUUUCCAUUCAUGUACUGGUCCUAUGGGCAACAGCAGGGACUAAGCCUGCUCCAGGUGCCAUUCAGUAUCCCUUUCUACUGCAAUGUGGCCAAUGCCUUCCUCAUCGCUCCCCAGCUCUACUGGUUCUCUCUGCUGUGCAGGAAGGCAGUGCGGCUCUUUGAUGCUGCCCAAGCCAAAAAGGAUAGUUAAUUGCUCCAGGAGUCAGACAGUGAGGGCACCUCAUCACACUAGCUGCCUCCUUGAUGCAGUAUUCCAUGGACCAAACUGCCCUGGGUGGCCUCUGGCAUUUGUGUAUUGGUAAGCAGAUGGAUUUGAUUUUCUAAAAAAUAUUCCUAUUACCUCCUCCUUCUAACCUGUCCUUUUGCAAAAGCACUUUUUUCUUGGUAAUAACUAUUGGAUCAUGUCAGACCUUCACUGGCAGCAAGGUGGUUUUAAUUACAAGCCUGAGGAUUCUUCCUUAGUUCUUAUCUCAAGAGCUCUGGGAAGUCAAAGCAUGGAAUGUGAAGAUUGAUGGACCAGAGUAAUAAGUGCCUGGGGACCCACCUUUCCAACUACUCAGGGCAAUAUCCACAAUACUAGGCCAGCAGAAGCAAGGGUUGACUUGGUUUUGAAAUAAUGUGUUCUUGCAGUGUUGGCCUGGGAAAAUCAUUGUGGGUGUGUAGUUUUUUUAUUGUUUACUACAUAGCCCUUUACCGUUCUUUGCCUCAUCCUCUCAUCUUUGUCAACAUUCAAUUCUUUUGUCUACUGACUCCCAACCAGAAGUCUCACUUGGCAGUGGGUAGGAGGCAGGGCUGAGAAUGUGAAGCACUUGAGUAGGUCUGGAGGCCAGUAGAGGUCAGCAUGAUGUUUACAGGCUGACUUGGUAGAAAGAGGAGUGUCACACUUGUGAGCUUGUUGCAAGAAGUCACAAGUACUAUUCCUUUUUUAGCAUGACCCCUCAUGCCCAACUUUCCUUGUAUCCAUAUGUAUAGGAUGCUGUCAUAAAAACUAGAGGGGCAAAGUGAAAUGAUCGCCCCAGUAGUUGUUUACUGGGUAACCCUGUCUGACAGUCCUUUUCAUAUGAAGUGAAAAUGAACUUCUAUACUCCAAACCAGGGGAUGUCUCAUCUUAGACCACAGAGUACUUAGAGCCUCCCAAGAAGCCAGAACCUCUUCCUAUUUUGAGCAUAUUGCCAUUGAGUUCCAGAGACUAGAGAGCAAGAGGGCAGCCAGCCUGGCCAAAGCAUGACCUGUGGACUGAUGCCUUCACCCCCCAUUUGCAAAUAGGAUCCAUUGGUGCCAACACUAAUCAUUCCUUAUCAACUAAGAUGGGUUUGACUGUGCUACCAUGACUUUUUUCAAGUGGUAGUAAAAAACUAGAAUUUUAAAAGUGCCUUUUAAUUCAUUGCCCACGAACUUUUAAAGGACUGAAUAUGUGUCUCAGUUUCUACUGUUCGUCUUCAAUAGGUGCCAUUUAAAAUGUAAAAUGCUAUGGGUUUUUGUUUUUUACUGUUGUUUACUGUCGAUGUAUGUCAUCCAUAUGGUGAUUAAAUUGCACUAAUUUCCCA